AAACGUUAUAUUCUGUUUGUUUUUUAUAUGGUUACGUUGGUGUUUAUUUUUGUAUUUCUAAUCUAUUAUUAUUUGCACCAUGGCGACCAAACGUCGGCCAUUGCAUCAAAAUCGUAAGUUUGACUUUCGCCCUAAUACGGAUAACUUCAGGCUGAAUUCGGAAACACCGCAAUGUGAAACCAGGGGGAAGAAACCUCUGCCGGAUCCGUCCUCCGUGCAGCAAGUGUUACUAAUGAUGGUACUGCAUGUCUGUAGGAAAUCCAUGUUUGUAGACACGAGUGUGAAGGUCGGAAUCUACGGUGGUAGCCUUUUCAUCGUGUCCCUCUUGGCGGACGUUCUACCAGUGCCUCGGACUUAUUUUGCGAGAUCAGACAAUUUAUUUAAUCAGUAUUUUGUCAAGUUUGGCUGGGGGUGGACGCUAUGCCUGACGGUGCCGUUCGUCGUGCUGACUAGUUACACCUACUGUUGUGGCAGGCGAGAGAAGAUAGGGCAGCAUCUCGUGAGACUCGGAGUUGCCACUGCAGCGUGGCUCUUUUGGACUAAACUCUUCAACUACGUCGAAAACAACUACGGCAGGUGCAACGUUGCCGACAAGAAAUUCCAGGCGAAACAAGCUUGUCUCGAGGGUGGAUUUUUCUGGCAUGGAUUCGACAUUUCAGGUCAUGCUUUCAUACUGAUCUACAGCAGCUUAGUAAUUAUCGAAGAGUGUAGGGCGAUUAAUGGUUGGGAUAGCAUAAGAGACAUGAUCAGGAAUGAAACCCACUUGAGGUCUUCACGUGAAAAUAAAUCAGAAAGAAGCGCGUUACGAGGUUUAACUAAUGAAGAAUUUAAUGUGUUGCAGCUUUCAUACGAAAAGUUUACUCCAUAUGUGCGUUCUCUAUUUAUUGCCAUGACUUUACUCUCAGUGCUGUGGGAUGUCAUGCUAAUAAGCACAAUGUUGUAUUAUCAUAUAAUGGUAGAGAAAUUUAUCAGUGGUGCUGUGGCUAUUUUAACUUGGUUUGUAACAUAUAGGUUUUGGUAUGUGAUGCCGAAUGUCCUGCCAAACCUACCUGGCGAUGGACUGUUCAAGUACAGGGAGACACGGUUGCCGAGGCCUCCGUCUUUCAAACGCAAGGCAACUGCUACUAAAGGACAGCUGCCCAAGUUCAUGGGAAUGCCUCUGUAUGGGCUUAAGAAACAAGAUAUGAAAGAAGAUGAUGAGGAAAAUGGUGAAAAUGAUGCACCUUUGGGUAACACUAGUUUACGAAUAUGAGGUUAAUGAUACUGAUAUAUUAUUAAGUCCCCUGAGUAUCUUUUAAAUGUGAUAAAGGUAUGGUAUGAACUUUGAGACCUCUAAAAUUCAACUUACACCUUUAAUUUAUUGAUGGUAAAAAUUAUUUAUUGAAUUUACUUGUACAUAGGCUACUAUUUAAAAUUUUCCUUUAUCUUUAAUACCCAUAAAAUUUGACCCUAGUUAUUUAUUGUUGUUAGAUUCUUGUACUAAAAAAAGAGAAUUAUAUAAGUUUUUCUUACCUCUGAAA